AAGCAACGGCUAAUGCUACAGGUCCCACUAAGGCCGAAUGGAUUGCGUAGGUCGUGACAAGCUCCCCAUAAUUAUGAGGGGAGCUGUAGCUUGUACAGCUGGAUCCACGUCAGACACCUCCAGGGCAAUCGCAGCAAAGUAUUGGAUGGAUGAUACAGCAUAACGAACAGUGAUACACUCUGGUAGGUAGGCACUGCUAGCCAGAGGGCCAUGUAAUAAAGGCUUUAUUAAUUGAGCUGAUUGGACGUCCGCUCUCCGAGCUCAAUGUACAUACAGUACCUGAGACUUGGACCCCUCUCUAUUUCAACUUUAUCCUUUGCAUCAUCAACCUCUCUCACAUUUACAUUUCCCUCUCGAUACUAGACAACUUUCAAUACAAACAUAUUUUCCAUCCCCUCAAGCCACAUCGCAAUCAUGGAUAAGCUCAUCAACGCCGCUAAGGAUUAUCUUGACGACGACAAGGACAAGCGUCAGGAACACCAGCAGCAAGGGCAUGGACAGCAUCAGGGCUAUGGAGGCCAAGACCAGGGCUAUGGCCAACAACAAGGCUAUGGCCAGCAGCAAGGUUACGGACAACAAGAGAGCCAGUACGGCCAGCAACAGCAGUACCCUCCUGCUGGUGGCAUCCAGUCUCAGGGUGGCGGUGGCUUUUCCAGCUUCCUUGGUGGAAACGUCGACUUUGACAACGCCAAGGAGGAAGCCCAUCAGAAAGCCGGAUCUUCUGGUGACAAGGAUCUCUUUGGAAGCAUUCUAGGAUCUCUCGGACAGAAGCAGAACAAGCUUGCUGAUGAGGACCUUGAUGAGGAAGAUGCCAUCAAGCAGCACAAGAACACCUACAACAACGACGACUCCCAGCAAGACAGCAAGAGUCUGGGUACCGCUGCUGCUAUGCAAGCUCUCAAGAUGUUCACCCAGGGCCAGGGCCAGAGCAGCACUGGUGCCAACAGUCAGACUGCGUUCUUGGGACUUGCCUUGGCCGAGGCUAGUAAGCUCUUUGACAACAAGGCUGCAUCAGGCAAGGUAUCCGAGGGCACGAGCAAGGAGAGCGUCAUCCAGCAGGCUGGUGAAGUCGCUUUCAAGAUGUACCUCAAGAACCAGGCCGGUGCUGGUGGACAGCAGGGUGGCGCUUCCGGUCUUAUGGGUCUUGCUUCUAAGUUCCUGGCUAAAUAAGCCCAAUAGUUGCUUCGACAUGUAGUCACAAGAGGGGGCUAAGCAACACCCUUGAUCACCACAUGCUAAACAACAAUUGAAGGAUUUCGAAUUCCAUUUUCAUUUUUGCGACCUAAGUGAAAAACAGCAAAAGCAUCAUCUUAGUACGACGAGUUUAUGCCUUCUGCUUAACCAGAUCCGCAACAUCCAACCACUCAUCAGGUCGGCGCCGGCCAGACUCUGUAGCGUUAUGCAAAUACUCUUCUGCCUCUGUUGCCCAAGCCAGGAGCUGCUCCUCGCUACCCCAUUCUCCUGUAGCCAUCAAGCCAAUAGAGAGCUUACCCUCACCCUGAUCAGGAUCGACGUAGCCAACAGGAGCCGAAACCGCAGGUGUGCCGGUCAAGUUGGCUAAAAAGACGUAGAGCAUGUUUCGGAUGGUCGUGUUGGUAUCACUCAUGCCAUAGGCUUGAUCACCAGGGACAAUAGGCCAUCCGAUCAAGGGGCUUGUGGGUGUCAUGAUAAGAAGGCCAGGGUGCUUCUGGAAUAAGUAGGCGAGAUGUUGCAUGAUGAGCUCUCGUAAAGCCCCGUAUUUGAGCAUAUCAGCUGCAGGAGUCCUGGUACCGACAGACAUAACGACCUUGUUAGCGGGUCCUACCAGAGAGAGCCAGUCAGCGGGAUUGGGAGUUCGUCGGCGGGCUGACUCGGCCAUUUCGGUGAUACAGACAACACUGUGCGCAAGUUGCGCCUCAGGGAUGUAAGGGAUAGUGACGUCGAUGAUCUCAUAACCGCACUUAUUAACGAGGUAAUCAACCGCCCUGUCACAAACCUCUUUGACACGAGGAUCAGCCUUGUUCCACCAGUCACGGUAAAUUCCCAUGACCUUCUUCUGGCCCUUUGGCGGUGGGUCAGAACGAGCAAAACGGCUUUGGAUAUGACAAUCUGGGUUAGGUUGGGACAUGACGCGGUAGGCAAUAGUCAGGUCUGCGACAGUAGCGGCGAUGGGGCCGGUGAUACACAUGGUGUUAUUCAUAAACAUAGUUCUGUUAUGUGUGGUCUUGAGGCCGUAGACGCCAUUGAAAGUGGGUGGGAUGCGGAUACUGCCUCCCGCGUCGGUGCCAACGGCGAUGGGGACAACACCAGCUGAGACAGUGGAUGAGCCUCCUGAGGAAGAACCGCCAGGAUAGUAGGAUUUGUUGAGCCAGUUAGUGGGUGUUCCUUGUGCAGCCUGGAUUUGUUAGUGGUGUCUUUUUACAAAGCGGCUCGUGCUUACAUUGCAUCCGCUGGUGUCUGAUCAAGGUCAGUAAUUGAAUUAGAAAGACGUUGUAUAUGGACUCACCGGAGCCAAGCUCAUGCAUAGCAUUCUUUCCAAUGACUACAGCACCGGCUUCUUGGAGUUUCUUCACUGGCCACGAAGAUUCUUUCUGCUCCUUGAAAGUCUCAAUGGAGGGGUCAUAUUUCAUACCAAUGUGGUUAUGAAAUCCCUUAACAUCGGUAUCAUCCUUGACACCGAUAGGUACACCGUCCAAUACACCCAGUGGCUUGCCAGCAGCAUAACGCUCAGUUGAGGCUUUGGCAGCCUCGAGGACUAGAUGAUCUUUGCCGUGGUUAUCAACCCAGCCAUCAGAGUACUUGCCAUCUGGUCUGGAGAUCUGAGGGAGGAGAGCUUCAGCGACUUGAAGAGGUGUCACUUGACCCGACUUGUACAUCUCAUGAUAGUCACUAGCAGUGUAGUAGCGUGCUUUGGACUCUGCAUAUUGGGACUUGAGAAGCUUAGGUUCAAAGUCGAGCAUAGGCUCUGCAGGGCCCAGGGGAGUUACGGUAGGCUGAGGAUGUUAGCUAUGUGGCAUUUUGUAUGAAGCAAUGACCUUUCAUACAUGAAACCUGUAGGGAAUAUUAUCGAGAGCAGGAAUAUCUUUGAUAGUGCCAAAGUGGGCAUUAUCCCAGAAAUAUUGUUGAAGGAACCCAACUUUGGCGAUGCUACAAGAAUUUAGCUUUGGUAAGGGUAUAAGCCACAGGAUAUAAAACUCACAGAUUAGCACCAACUACGAGAGGAAUGCCUCGAAAUGUAGGGUUGUUCUCGACUGUGGGAUUGUAUGUAGCUGCUGGAGCCUCGACAGGCUUGGGAUAGUCGGCAAAGUCGGAUGGGGCCAUGGUGGAAGAUCCGGGGGAUUGUGUUAGUCUGGGGGAAGAUUCUGGGGUAAGGAGACCCGUGCAGUUUAUAUAAAUGGCAGAAACAGCAGCAAGAACAAGAGUUAUGUCCUAAUAGAGCAGGUCUGGAGAUAAAUAAGAGAUUCAACUCCCUCCUAAGCUAAGCUGAGCUUAGGCUGCAUCUGCCGUUUACGACCCCUAGAACGCCAACCUAGGCUGCCCCACACGAGGUUCAUGAAUGAGAUGCCAUUUGCCGAGGCUCGUAUAAGAUCAUGAGAGAAGAGGUGGGUGUUCAGGAACAAUCUACUGUUUGCAUGUAGCGGUCGAUUUUUUGAUACGGAAAGACCAAUCACACUAACUGCAGCGUAUUUCAAUAUAUUUGGACCC